GUCGUGGCUAUGCGCCUUGCCGGUCGCUCUCAUCUGCUGGCACAAUUCGCGGGUGACCGAAAGACGGAAACGCUCGACGAUCUCUCUCUUUGUUCGAAUAUAAAGAAAGCGAACUGGCAUGCGCAUCAGAGGUUCCUCAGGGGAAAUAGUGCAAUUCACCGGCGCGGGAAGAGCGAUGCUGUUAGCGAAUGGAUUAGUACCACAGACCUGUUAUGGCUGGGCCAGACAAAUGUGGUGAGUGACAUCAUAAUCACAGCAACGAUGCAGAGCAAGUGGGACGCGUUGAAUGGCAGUCGCGAUUUGGAUCCGGUAGAUGUCGGAUAUGGAUAUGUGCUUGACGUCGGCAUAAUCGGAACGUAA